CCGGCCGGCCGCCCGUCCAGUCAGUGGCCCGGUCCGUUUCGCGCGCGGCACAUUCGUGUUCGGCGCGCGGCCCCGUCAACCGUAUACGUGCACGCGCGUAUCGAUCGCGCGCGUGAUGUUUUCCGCGUAAACGGUUAUCCCGUCGGCGCACCCGACCACCGUACCGCACCGCACGAGAGCGCUACCGGCGCUCCCCCCCUCCCCCUUGUCCCGGCGGAGAAAAGCGUAGGCGCCGCGGCACACGAGUACACGAACGAGUCGGAUCAAUUUGAACAACGCGCCCGGCCGAGCGGUACGACGCUGCGAACCCGUCUUGGCAAUUAACCGCGCUCGGCGAUAGAUCAUCGUUCGGCACCCGCGCCGUUCUAGUCCGGCUGACCGCACCACGCGGGGUUACCACGGCAAACAGCAAAACUAUCAUGAAAGAACCUCCUCCGACCGAUUGGCUUAUGAUCAUCGGAAUAUGUUUCAUAAGUAGCUGUAUUUUAAUCGGAGUACUAAGUGUAAUUUGUUGCUUUUGGUCAAAAUGUUUGCUAUACAAUUGUUGCCGACCAAACUACAAUAAUACUCUUAUUAUUUCGUAUGACAAACCCGAGGAAGCACUAAAUUUACCACCAGAAGACACAAAUAACUCUACUUGUUAUUCACCAGUACGAAUGAAAAAAAUUAAAACAUUUGAUUAUUAAAUUUUCGUUAAUUUUAAA